GUUCCACUCUCAUAAUGUCCGGGCGCAGUCUUUAUCGAUAAGGACUUGGCACAGCAAUAACUUUUUUGUUCGAGACUGGAGGCGUUCAGAACAAUUUUCGUAGCCAGACGCCCAAUAUGGCGCCCUCGCAGCUCAAACAAUUGAAGGCUUCUCUUCGUGAGAAUGGCGUCUUGGGGCCUCAGAAAUCUAAAAAGCAGCGAAAAGCCACCUCAAAAGACGCCCAGAAAAGAAGCCAGCGCAAUGCCGCUCUUGAAGACAUUCGAGAACGGUUCAACCCGUUCGAGGUCAAGGCUCCGGCUCGAAGAGACAAAUUUGAGGUCGCCAGCGGAAAGAAAUCACAAGCCUCUGUUGGGAGACCCGGUGUGACACGCGGUCUAGGCGAGGAGAGACGUCGAGAAACACUGUUGAAAGAGAUGCAAAGUCGACACAAAGUCGGCGCCCUGGUUGACCGACGUUUUGGAGAAAAUGACCCUACGAUGACCCCCGAAGAACGUGCUGCUGAACGAUUUGCUCGCCAAAACGAACGCAAGUUGAGGAAAACAUCAAUGUUCAAUUUGGAGGACGAUAGCGAAGAAGAGUUGGCACUCACACACGGCGGGAGAUCUCUAGACUUUGGUGGUCCGGCCCGAGACGAUUUCGACGAAGGCGAUGUCACCCUCUCGGACGACGAAAACGAAGACUUUGAGGCGCAGGACGACAGACCACGAAAGAAACUGCGGCUCGAAGAUGGUACCAGUGCUGUGGAGGAUGAGGAGGGCGAUGAGAUGCCGCAGAGGAAGAAGACCAAGACUGAAGUCAUGAAAGAGGUCAUUGCGAAAUCCAAAAUGUAUAAGGCGGAACGACAAGCAGCAAAAGAGGACGACGACUCACUCCGAGCCCAACUGGAUCAAGGAAUGUCUGAGUUCUACGAGGCAAUGCAAGGUCGCAAAGCACCCGAGAAACAGUUACCGUCACCCCCUAGCACGGAAGCUGAACCACAGAUGGACCCUGCUCGAGCCGCUAUGUUGGCUGGAAAGAGCAGAGAAGAUGCAGAGAAAGAGUACGAAGCCAAUCUUAGAGCACUUAAACUGGAGGCCCGAUCGAAACCUAGCGUUCGCACGAAAACCGAUGAGGAAAAGGCUGCGCAAGAGGCUGCAAGGCUGGAAGAACUCGAAAGAAAGCGAAUGCGUCGCAUGAAAGGAGAAGCUGAAAGUUCAGAUGAGGAGGAUCAACAGGAAGCAGAGCCUGGUUUGGACCAAGACGUUGACGAAGAUGACGCCGAAGCAUUUGGCUUGUCUGCGCCUGAAGUGGUGCCCACAAAAGAACUCGAUGUCGAGGAUGAGGACGAUUUCAUGCUUGACGAUGACCUCAUAGAGACAAAUUCCGAGGCCGAAAUGGCAAGUGAGCAAGACGAUGAAGAGUCCGAGUCUGAAGAAGAGCCAGAAGACGACGGCGAUGACGAUUUCAUCAAUGGUCUGGUACUGCCCCCAGCCUCAAAGAUUGCACAAACAAAGCCGGGCGACAAGUCCACCGUGAGCGACAACCUCGCCUACACCUUCCCCUGUCCUCAGACCCACCAAGAGCUAUUAGCCGUUGUGAAGGGCAGCAAAACCACGGACCUGCCGACAAUCGUCCAAAGAAUUCGUGCGCUAUACCACAAGGGACUCGUACAAGGGAAUCAGGACAAGUUGGAUGCUUUCGCUGGUGUCUUGACACAUCAUCUGGCGUACCUCGCAGACACCGAUGCUGAUGUACCCUUUUCGGUAUUGGAGAGCUUGAUACGCCAUCUGCAUUCGAUGGCAAAGGGGUCCCCACAGGUGGUCGGCGACGCAUUUCGGGAGCGACUUCAGACUAUUGCUGAGGAGCGGCCUCUCAAGCUUUCUCCGGGCGACCUUAUCAUCUUGACAGCGGUUUCCACGAUCUUCCCUACCUCGGAUCACUUCCACUCGGUCGUGACACCAGCAAUGCUCACUCUUGGUCGAUAUCUUGGUCAAAGUUCGGUACAGUCUUUGCAUGACCUUGGCGUUGGGGCAUACUGCUGUUCACUGGCUCUGCGGUACCAGCGUCUCGCAGGAAGAUAUAUCCCAGAAGUGGUCAAUUACGUCGUCAAUGCCUUGGCUACCUUCGCCCCAGUACCGAUGUCUGAGAAAGACCAGGUUGAAAACCCGUUGAACGUUCCAAUUCGGCUUCCAGCGCAGUCUUUGCGAAUAAGGUCUUCUGAGAAGGGUCCAGAGAAGCUGUCAUUCAAAGAUCUCGUACUGAGCAAUGGGGGAGACGGCAAGAAUGUCAGUGCACUGGCUCUAUUCAAUGCGUUCGUGCAUCUCUCCAGGCAGAUUGGGGAUUUAUGGAAAGAGAAGAAAGCUUUCCCAGAGAUCGUUGCGCCUUUGAUCCAAGUUCUCAACCAUGUCACUUCGCAUCCUGGAAAACUACCAAAGCAAACACUCCAUCUUGUUAAGGAUGCUCGUGAUACAUUGUUUGGUCUUCAGAGCGCCGCCAUCAAGUCCCGUGUGCCUUUACUCCUACACCAUCACCGACCUCUCGCGAUCAAACAGUCUAUCCCGGCGUUCAUCGAGAAUUAUAAUCCAGACCGUCAUUAUGAUCCCGAUGAGCAACGUUCUCAACUCUCCAAGCUCAAAGCCGAACACAAGAAAGAACGCAAGGGCGCGAUGCGUGAGUUGCGCAAGGACGCCAAUUUCAUGGCUAGGGAACAGCUUCGUGAGAAGAAGGAGAAGGAUGCCGCAUAUGAUAAGAAGUUCAAGCGGCUUGUGGCUGAGAUUCAAGGGGAGGAAGGAAAAGAGAAGAAAGAGUAUGAAAAGGAGAAGAGGAAACGACAGGGUCGAUUCUAAAGAUGGAGGAGCCAGGCUUUGGACACUGUAAGCAAUUAGACGAGCCUCGCAAGAGCAAAAAAGAAACUUGGUCCGAAAGGUCCUGCUCCCAAUAACGUGUACUCAGUAUGGUUAUAACAACACUCGCCGAAUUGAAAACAGCUAAAACCAAACUUGAGAACAGAAGCCAGAAACCUUUAUAUCAGAAAUGAGGUUCAGGCAGGAAUCCAACAUUGAUUUUCAGGCAGCAAAAAUGAUCCUGGCGAGACUUGAACUCGCGACUUUCGCAUUUCUCGAAAGGAAUUCAUACUGGAUGCAAGCAUACAAUAUAAGAACGACACGCUAACCACUGCGUCACAGGAUCAGGAGGAUAAAAUUUGUCGACGAAGAUUGGAG